GUGUUCGUAAGCAAGAAAUAACCAAAUUAAGAUGGCAGAAAUGAACAAUAUUUGUGUGCAUGUUCCUGUUAGGUCUAUUAGCUUGCCUUCCAGGUUACAUCCCAAUUCUCUCAAAAUUGACUCACUCUUAACCAACUUAAAAUCUUCUCCAAAUUCUCUACAAACCGAGUCUAUUCAAAUCGCCUUGACUAGACUCGCCGAGUUAUUCGUCUCCAUUGAUGAACUCACCACCUCUCCUCAAACCCAAAAAUCCUUUCAUCUUCACCAGUCUAACCAGGUCGAAGACAUACUCGAUGGCUCCAUCGGAUUGAUAGACAUCUGCAGCAGCGCACGAGACAUGUUCUUGAAUAUGCAACAACACAUUCAAGAUUUACAAUCCGCGUUUCGCAGACGGGGUAAAGAUUCAACCAUCGAAAGAAACAUUCAAGAUUACAUCACUUUCCGAAAGAAAACAAAGAAAGACAUCGCCAAAUCCAUCAGAAUACUAAAAAGAUUCGAAAGAAAAACAGCAUCGAUCAUCAACGAAGAGCACCAUCUCAUUAAAGUGAUCAAAGAGGCGCAUGCAAUGACGGUCACUAUAUUUCAAUCCGUGUUCUUGUUCUUGUCUAUGCCGAUCACGAAGACGAGUACGAGUAGAUGGUCGAUGAUAUCAAAACUGGUGCAGUCGGGAUUUGUUGGUUCUGAUAAAGAUGAUGAUAAGAUGGUGAAUGAAGUAGGGAGAGUUGAUAUUGGCGUGUCUUCCAUUAGUGGUGAAAUUAGAAAAAGUAAUGGCAAGCUUGAUGUGCAAGAAAUGCAAGAGAGAUUAAAGAAACUUGAUGCCUGCACUCAAGAAAUUGAGGCUAAAUUAGAUUGUUUAUUUAGAUGUAUGAUCCAGAAUAGAGUGUCUCUUCUAAAUCUUAUUACUCCUUAA